AUGGGUGGGAGUAAGGGCAAAGCAUCCCAGCAUCCGGCGCGACCCCGAAGGCCGGCCUCAGGGGAGCAGGAGUCCGGAUCUGCCAGCGCCGACGGCGCACCCAGCCAAGACCACCGACCUGGCCGUGGCAAAGCCCGCCGAGCGAGACCCGCCACGGAGCUCGACACCGCGGGGGACAAGGGGACCGCUGGUGGCCGCAGGGAGCCUACGGCAGAGAGAAACGGCGAGUGCAGAAGUCCAGGGACUGGGCCGCCUCGGGAGGCCCAGGAGAGGCGAGGGAGCACGCAUCGUGGGGGACAGGGACCCCUGGAGAGCUGCGAGCCGGGGGACAGCCGUGGGGAGCGCCCGGAGGAGGAGAGCCUCCCAGGAGAAGAGCGGCCCCGCAAGCGCGGCCACCGCAGGAGGAGAGGAAAGGGGAGGGGGCCUUCGACUCCGAGCCUCGGUGGGGACACGUCGGGCGGGGACGGAGGCAGCUCUUGCCCGGAUAGCGAAGCCCGGGAGACCCAGAAGAGCACUAGCCAGGACGGUGGGGCCCCGGAGCCAAAGGACACCGGCUGGGAUGAGACCAAAACCCAGCCAGAGUCAGCGCUGGCGCCAGAAGAGUGUCUGAGCUGCCACGAAGGCCCCGCCGAGCCCCGAGGAGGGGAAGGGUCGUUGGGGACAGAGCCCCAGGGAGACAGUGAGGAUUACGGGAUGGAUACAGACUCGAGUCCUGAGCUGGCCGGGCAUGGAUGGCGCCCACGGGAAACCCUAGGAAAAGCAAGCCGGGCCCCUGAGGCCGAUGCAAAAGCCACGGCCUCCAGUCCCCUCGAGAGCAGCAACGCGGGCGUCGCCGGGAGCUCGCGGGUUCCUCGGGACUCCGAGUCCGCCCUGGACGCGCAGGACGAUGGGUCGCAGUCAGAGACUAAGCCUCAGGGCGCCGAGCCUGGACUAGCCGAGGCAUCGACGGCAGGGGCGGUGCAAGUGGCUGCAGGUGCGAGUGAAGCGGGAGCCCGAGAAGCAGAAGGUGCAGGGGACCAAAGGCCAGGGGACCCAGCCCCGCUGGCGGCCAUCGUGGUGCUCCGCAGGCUCCGCGCGAGGCCCUCGCCAGAGCCCUCUCCCCAGGCGGCGGGUUCGGGCCGCGUGGGCCUUAAAGCGCGGCUCCUGAGGGUGGCGCAGGCCCUGGGCCUUCUGCGGUGGCUGCGGCUAAGGAUCGGUCAACAUCCACGCGAGGGGCAGGGGGUGGGGCCGCGGGCGGGCGAGGGGCGGGGCCUUGAGAGGGCCGGCGAGGGGCGGGGCCUCGGAAGGGCAGGCGAGGGGCGGGGCGGUGGGCCCGGGCUGCGGCGCCGUCUAGCGUUGCGCCUGGCGGGCUUAGCCCGGCUUGGGGGACCGUCACGAGCUCCCCCUGGCGGUGGCUCAAGCCCUCCGCAAGUCCCGAAUAGCGUAGUCUCCGACCACCCCGAAAACGAUGAGGACCCCACUCCGGAUCCCAAGUUCGCGGUCGUGUUCCCCAGGAUCCAUAGGGCGGGGAGGGCGUGGACUAGCAGGAGCUCAGAAGCGUGGGUGGACGCCCCCGCCGGGGAGGGCAGCAUUUGGCCUCCUGCAGGGACUGCAGAGGACAGGGAGGGGCGAGAAGCUAGUGAAGAAGGGGCGAUGGAGCCCCGCCGUGCCUCCUUCCUCGCCCCGACUCCCCUCGACGGCACCCCACUGGAUGAGAACCGCUCCAACAGCGAAGAGGAGCCGGAGACCCUGGAAGCUGAGACCCCGGUGCACUGGGCAAAGGGCUCAGGCCCCCGCGAGGACCCUGGGCUUGGCACCUACGCGUUGCUGCCCCGACUCACGUUGGAGACUCGCCACCCGCAGGAGAGGAGCCCCCGCGGGUCCCGAAGGGAGAGGUGGGAGCCAGAGGAUGAGGCCGAGGCGGCCCUGGAGAGGGACCUGGAGCUGAGCCUCGGGCCCGGCCUGGAGAUGCCUCCCUUCCCCGAUGCUGAGGGCAGGAGUUUCAGCGAGGGCCUGGAAGACACGGAGGACCUGGCUCGGCUGCGGCUGGUGUGUGACAGCUCAGUGCUAUUGUGCCUCAAGAGGAGAUUUCACCUGGGCCGCAUCUACACCUUCGGAGGGCCCCUCCUGCUCGCUCUGAACCCCCACGAGCCCCUGCCUCUCUUCUCACCUGAGAUCUUGGCCAGCUACCAUCCCAGCAAAGUCCCCAACACCACCCCACACGUCUUUGCCAUCAUAGCAGCAGCCUAUAGCCUGUCUCAGAGCCCUGGGCAGGACCCCUGUGUCCUUCUGGGAAGCAGUGGUGCUUCUCUCUCCUGAAGUGGGCAUAGUGGCUCAGGGAAGACAGAAGUCACCAAGAAGAUGGUACAGUUCCUAAGCAGCCUGGAGCAGAAGCAGACAGGGGACAGACGGUGCCAGCUGGACGACGUGCUGCCUGUACUCAGCAGUUUUGGUCACGCCAAGACCAUCCUGAAUGCCAAUGCCAGCCGCUUCGGCCUGGUCUUACGCCUCUCCCUUCAGCAGGGGGUCAUCAAGGGAGCCUCUGUGUCACAUUAUCUGCUUGAGACCUCCAGAGUGGUGUUUCAGGGCCGAGCCUGCAGCCUCCAGGGCAAGGAGGAUACCCAGGACUUUGCAGGGCUGGUGACAGCCCUGCAGGUACUAGGCUUGUCCCCUGAGGAUCUGAGUGCAGUCUGGGCUGUGCUGGCCACUGUCCUGCAGCUGGGCAACAUAUGCUUCUCUCCUUCAGAGCGGGAGUCCCAGGAGGUGGCUGCUGUGUGCAGCUGGGCAGAGAUCCACACGGCAGCUCGGUUGUUGCAGGUGCCUGCAGAACGCCUGGAGGGGGCUGUCACCAGGAGGGUCAUGGAAACGCCCUAUGGCCGGGUCUCAAGAUCUCUGCCUGUGGAAAGCGCCAUUGAUGCCAGGGACGCCCUAGCAAAGGCCCUGUACUCGAGGCUCUUCCGCUGGCUUCUGAGGAGGAUCAACACAUGGCUGUCCCCACCAGGGAAGGGAGGCAGCAUGGGCACCGUCACUCUCGUGGACACCUACGGCUUUGAGGCGCUGCGGGUGAACAGCCUGGAACAGCUGUGCAACAACCUGGCCAGCGAGCGCCUGCAGCUCUUCUCCAGCCAGAUGCUGCUGGCUCAGGAGGAGGAGGAGUGUCGGCGGGAGCUGCUGCCCUGGGCACCCAUCCCUCAGCCUCCGAGGGAAUCCUGCCUGGACCUCCUGGUGGACCAACCUCACAGCCUCCUAAGCAUCCUGGAUGCCCAGACCUGGCUGUCCCAGGCCACGGACCACACCUUCCUCCAGAAGUGCCACUAUCACCAUGGUGACAACCCGAGCUACACCAAACCCCAGCUGCCCCUUCCUAUCUUCAUGGUGCAGCACUUUGCUGCUGUCACCUACCAGGCCCACAAGUUUUUACACAGGAACCGGGAUCACCUGGACCCCGCCGUGGUGGAGAUGCUCGGUCAAAGCCAGCUGCAGCUGGUGGGCAGCCUGUUCCAGGGAGCAGAGUCCCUGGCGGAGAGAGGGCAAGGCAAACCCACACUGGCCUCUCGCUUUCGGCAGUCCUUGGGGGACCUCCUAGCACAGCUGGGCAGGAGUCGCCUCUACUGCAUCCAGUGCAUCAACCCCAACCCUGGAAAGCUCCCAGGCCUCUUCGAUGUGGGGCACGUGGCAGAGCAGCUGCACCAGGCCGGUGUCCUGGAGGCUGUGCGCACCCGCAGCGCCCACUUCCCUGUGCGCAUGCCCUUCCAGGCUUUCCUGGCCAGGUUCCGAACCCUAGGGACAGAGGAACAGGAAGAUCCCUCUGACCGGGAGAAGUGUGGUGCCAUCCUCAGCCAGGUGUUGGGGGCUGGGUCACGGUUCUAUCACCUUGGAGUCACUCAGGUCCUGCUGCGGGAACAGGGCAGGCAGCAGCUGGAGCAGCUCUGGGCCCAGCGGCGCUCCCAGGCCCUGCUCACCCUGCACCGCGGCCUCCGUGCCUGCAUCUCCCGCCAACGCCUCCGCCUCCUGGCCCGGAUGCAGGCUCGUGUGCGUGGACUCCAGGCCAGUACCCACGUGGCCUCUGCUGAAUCCCCCAGACCCCAAAAGCUCAUUACUGCUGGGGCCACCUGA